GCCGCCGUGGGGAAGGGGAAGGAGAAGGCAGCUCCUGGUCCCCGGCACUGGCGGGGCCGGAGGCCUGGCUCCCUCCGCCUGCCGUCGCCCCGGCCUAACGAUGCCAGUGCGCCCCGUCGUGCCCCUCACCUCUGCGGUACUCAUGCCCCGAGGGAGCGCCCGAGCGCCCCUGCAUGGCCGCAGCCCUCUGCCCGCCCCGGGUGCUGCUCGAGCACCACCGUCGAGCCAGCACUGCUGGGCUGCUGCGGCCAUGCUGUGAGAUCCGACCACAGGAGACAAGUUCCAGCAAGGGCCCCCUCCCCAGAAGCCCCCUCCCAGCGAUGGGCAGCGGGACCCCGCCGGCCCCAUCCCCCCGCCGCCCACCCCACCGGCCCCCCGCCCCGCCUCCCGCCCAGCGCACCCAGGCUUGAUCCACCCGUUCUACCUCCCCCCCAGCUCCAUGGCGAGGAUGGACCCCUGACGGCGGGUGCCCACGGGCCGGAGGAGACACCGCCGGGCACGGCCUGGGGAGAUGCCCUCGGAGGCCCUGACAGCAUCGGGUCCCACCCUGGCCCUACCGCCGCCCUGAGCAUCCUCUCCCCCACCCCGAGGGCAGGGAGAGGCCGGGGCCUCCCCCCCGGGGCCGGCUGCCAAGAUGGUGAUGUCCCAGGGCACCUACACCUUCCUCACCUGCUUCGCGGGCUUCUGGCUCAUCUGGGGGCUCAUCGUGCUGCUGUGCUGCUUCUGCAGCUACCUGCGGCGGCGGGUGAAGCGGCAGCAGGAGGAGCGGCUGCGGGAGCAGAGCCUGCGCGCGUUGGAGCUGGAGCCGCUGCACUACGAGGGUUACGGGGGCAGCCCCCCCGGCAUGGCCAUUCCCCACCGCCUCCGCCUCGAGCCCCACCAUCAUCACCCCCACCACAUCCCGCCCCCCCGGCCCUGGAGCUGCCGGCACGAGUCGGACCUGUCGAAGCCGCCGUGCUAUGAGGAGGCACUGCUGAUGGCGGAGCCCCCCCCGCCGUACAGCGAGGUGCUGAUGGACACGCGGGGGCUCUACCGCAAAAUCAACGCCCCCUUCUUGAGCCAUGAGCGGCUGGAGAAGCAGGAGCAGCCCCCCAGCUACAAACCCCUUUUCCUGGAUGCCGGCUAUGGUUCGGCACUGCACCUGCCCCGCUCGGCCAGCCCCGGCCCUGCCUGCCCGGACCUUUACCUGCAGGCAGAGUGCUCCCCCCGCAUGUUUCCCAGCUGGACAGACUCGGAGCUCAGCAGCAGGGACACCUACGAGCCGGGACCUUGGCACCUCCCGGUAUCCAUGCCCCUCUUUGGCAGGACUACCGCUGUCUAACAGCGGCCCCAGGGGAUCGCCGGACCUUGCAGCACAGGGGGGGUGAUUUCGGUUGCCCGCCUCACCCCGGGGACGCCCGCCCUGGCGCGGGCCAUCGCCGCCGGCGUGGAAGGGGCUGGUUCCCCCUCUGGCCCCUGCCGGAUCCCCAGUGGCUGGGGAAGCUGGAGCCCCGGACUCUGCUCUGUUUUCUUAAAUUUUUUGUUUGUUACAGUUUGAGAAUAAAAGUUUGUG